CGAUUUUAUGCUCCAAUACCAAUUGAUCGAUGGUCAGAAAUGGAUCCAGAGACUGACAAUGAGUAAGUGUUAUAUUUAGUUGGCCGCGGCCGCGGCGGGUUUUAUGGCACAUAUCUCAACUGAGGAUCGGCAUCGCGUCGUCAUCAACUAGACUAUACCAGCACUACGCCAAGAAGAAGAACAACAUCACAGAUAAAAUACCAUGCCUCAACCACAUCGAGGAACACGUCGGCGAAGCGACACAUCAGCGGCAGCCCCAGCACCAACCACGCGACAUGUAGUUGAUCAGCCUUUAUUUUCGCGGCAGGCGCUCGAGGACGCCGCGGACGCGCGUCUGCAGAAACACCUCGCUGACCAGGACGAGCAGGAGCAGUUGGUUCUGACUUUUCUCGAUAAAUUCCGCAACGCGCUGCACUGGCAGCACAGCAGCGUGCUGGUUCUGCUGCGCGCGGCGGCUGCGGUUGCCGAGCGGGCGCGGCUGCUGCUCACGGCGCCCCACGCGAAGGACCUGAGCUUUCGAAGGGAUCCUGCUGACAACUGCAUGGAAGAUCUGGAUCAACAAGUAGAUGAUGAAGGUGAUGCCGAAGUAGAUGAUCCACUCACCUUUGCGGAGCACCAGAUGCUCUUGGAAAUUGUCCGCCUCGAGGAAGGGAUGAUGCAGAACAGGGGUACCAGAGGAACCAGAAGCAGAACCGAAGGGGAGAAUAAUUUUGCAGAUGAUCAUCAUGAUGAAGAACAAAACACGUUCCUAGCCAAACGCUACCACCGCCUCGUGAAGAACUACAAGUCCUAUAAACGGGAUCAGCAAGACGCAACGAGGUACUCGUUCCUGUUGAAACGCAAGGCAAUAUCGACUUUGUUGGCGAAAAACUGGAGGCAAGUCGAUGAGUUCGCCCACCAAGCGGAAUUGGCGCUCACGACGGCGGAAGGGAGUGCGACAAAUAAAACGAUCUCGGGCGGAGGUAAAUCUGCUUCCGAGAAACGGAACAUCCCAGCAAGCGAUUUUCAUACCGACCCAAAUGCAACGUAUUCUGCCACCCCUCCGAUACCCCUGCAAGAGCUUGCGGAAGCGUACGCCGCACUGCUUACCAAGGUGGAAAAUCCCGCUGAGGGUGCUCGCAUGACAAAACUGCUGGCUGCGGCAGCUUCGGACACGACGAGAACAGCGAAAAAUAAAGACGCAACCAGUUCUACUUCUGCACCUCGAAGUAGAAAUGCCGGUGGUGCACCAGUCGUGCUAGUUGAGAACAAAUCAAAGGAGCCCGCCCCCGCAGCCGCAAGUAGCGAAACUUCGGACAGUGGUACAACCGGCACCGCAUUAUCCUCCCUGAAAGAAAUGACGGUGAGAACGGGGAAAAUGUACGAACGCUUCCUUUCCGACGUGAUAGAAAAAGAAGUGAAAAUUGUCACGGAAACGGGUUUUUCCGAGGAGGCAUCCAGUGCGGAAAUCGAGGGGAUUUCGGAAACGGUUGACGCCAUUCACGAGGAGCUGCGGAUUCUGUAUAACGAAUGUGUGGAGGAGGCGGAUGAUUCGUCUUCGUCCGAUGGUGGCGGCGUAGGAAAAAAACGUGAAUUCCCGAAAAAAGUGCGAAAGAACGACAACGAGUUGUAACCCGAAGAUCGUGAUGAUAAACCUGAAGCGACAUUGAUUACUAGCGACAAAAAUCAAAAUGUACUAGACACAUGAAUUGCAAUGUACUUGACUUGUUGUAGAUGAGGCACUGAUUUGCGCCGUGAUAGCUCUGCUUGUGAAGGGCAGCCACAACACAUCACAGCAAACAUCAGUGCAGCACGUUCACCUUCACUACUAGCAUGCUACCUGGUGGAGCUGAACCAGCAAAUUAUAUAAGCAGCCUGCUGCCGCCAAAACCAAAAGUGUAUCGUGGUUUGCAACACGGUCUUCUUGAUACCUCAGCG